UUCUGAUGAAGGGCUUUUGGCCGAAAUGUCGAUUUUCCUGCUUUUCGGAUGCUGUGGUUUUCCAGCACCACUCAGAUCCAGAAUGGGGACUGGCUCACCUUAGGCUGAGAAUGUAAAGAGCUUGCACCAUGGCAACAACAGGGAAAAUGAUUUCUUCUCGUUUGCCUCCUCUUCCCACCAUUGGAGAAAUUAUCAAGUUAUAUAAGCUGAGAGCUAAAAAGCAGCUAUCUCAGAACUUCUUGUUGGAUUUAAGAUUAACAGAUAAAAUAGUUCGGCAUGCUGGGAAUCUGAAGAACUCCUAUGUCUGUGAAGUGGGCCCGGGCCCAGGUGGCAUCACUCGGUCAAUUCUUAAUACUGGCAUUGCAGAAUUACUUGUGGUUGAAAAAGAUACUAGAUUUAUUCCUGGUUUACAGUUGCUGGCUGAAGCAGCACCUGGGAAAAUGCGCAUCAUUCACGGAGAUAUUCUGACCUGCAAGCUGGAAAGGGCUUUUCCAAAGCAUUUUCAAAAUGUGUGGGGAGGUGACCCUCCAAAUGUGCACAUCAUUGGCAAUCUUCCUUUCAGUGUUUCAACACCUCUCAUUAUCAAAUGGUUGGAGAAUAUUGCAAAUCGUAAUGGACCAUUUGUCUUUGGGAGAACACAGAUGACACUAACAUUUCAAAAGGAGGUUGCAGAGCGUCUCACAGCAAGUACUGGCAGUAGGCAAAGAAGCAGACUGUCUAUAAUGGCUCAAUACUUGUGUAAUGUAAAGAACUGCUUUACUAUUCCAGGCAGAGCCUUUGUUCCAAAACCUAAGGUUGAUGUCGGAGUUGUGCACUUCGUGCCUUUGGUGCAACCACAGAUUAAUCACCCCUUUAAACUGGUGGAAAAAGUGGUGAGACAUACCUUCAGCUUUAAGCGAAAGUACUGUCGAAGAGGAGUUGAAACGUUAUUUCCUGAAGCUCAGAGAUUACAGCUAACAGAACAAAUGCUGUGUACUGCUGAUGUUGACCCUACACUUCGACCAGGUGAACUUUCGAUACCUCAGUUCAGCGCUCUUUGUGAUGCAUAUAACCAACUGUGCAGUGAAAACCAAAAUCUUUUCACUUAUGACUUCAGAGAAGAAUUACGACAAAAGAAGCUUUUGCAUAAACCAAAUAAUCAGAAGAAUGUGAGAUAAGUGAAGGUUAAAACUUCCAAAAUCUGGAUAUUUGUAUUAAUUACUAAAGCUAUAUCAAAUUGACAUUCAAUAAAAAUGCUCUUAAGAUCUGCUUUAUCAUUCAAAUAAAAUGCUUCCAUUAGAAUGGUUUACAUCUAACUUGGGUAAAGCAAUAUGCAUUUGUAAUGGAAGGAAUUGAAAACUUAUUUUUAGGGACUGCACUGUUUUAUCCAGUGUAUUGAUGGGCAAUAUAGCAGAAAAGCUCUGAGGCUGAAUAAUGAGGCAAAUUAUGUUGGUGAUUUCAAACUGCAUUAAUACAUUGACCAUAGUUUUUAUGAAUAUGGGUUUAUGGCUGUAGCUUCCCAGACAGAUAUCAGUAACUGAGAAGAAGCUGUUAAAAUUGAGUUCAAAAGCAUGGACCAGUGUUCAGGAAAUAUUCAAGAUAGCUGGUUGAAGUGGGACGAAUAGUAUUGGAUACAUUCCUAAAAUAUGAUGAUAAUGGUUGAGUUUACAACAAAUUGUGCAGUAAGGAUUGUAGAGAUUGGUGUGCUCACUUGUACCAAAUUACAUUAAUUUCUUCUCUUUGCCUCCCUUUACUGAACCUUGAGGUUAAACUAACUUUGAAAAUCUCCAGAGUUUGGAUUAUACAGGUAGCAUAUUGAUGCAUCAAUUGACCAACAAUGUCUCGACCAAAGAGCAAGUUUAAUUACAGCUGUUUCUCUCUCAAGCUCAAUUCUGCAUACUGAUUGCAUCAUAAUGGCACUGAUGGAUAGCAUAUUUGAUCUCUACAGUGCUCUCAAACAUUUAUUGAAUUUUUCUUGCGAAUGAAGCUGUUCAGAGAUGGUAUUACACCUUUUGGGCAAGAAGGCCCAGGUUCAAAUCCCACCUGCUCCAAAGGUAAGCAUACAGCACCACAAGUACCCCAUUAUUCAUUGAACUGGUUGUGUAAAAACUGCAAGAUUCUUAUCAUUUAAAUUAUUCAGUCAUGUUUUGAAGAGAUUCAUUGACUAGGCCAACAUGUACUUUCCAUAGAAGUGGUGUUUCCUUUUGGUUGCUUGAUGUUCCAGUUUUGAUGUGGUACAUUUAAAAAUGUUGGUUAUUCUAUAUAAGUAUGUUGAGAAACUUUAUUAGAAAUGCUACAACAAUGGGGGACAGGUUUUGGAGGAAGUUAGUGUGGUCACUGGUGUUAAAGACUGUAUUCAGGUUGAGGAGGAGGGUUAUGAGGAGGGUUACAUUGCCUCUGUCACCUUGGUUACCUAGAUUGUUCAGUGAUUCCAAAGGAUCUUUCAAUUGAAUAUCAUCAAACCUGCCUAUUUCCAUUCUAGAACACCACCUUUCUCUUCCCCUGUCUUAGUUGCUGAUGAAAUGCUCAGCUAUGGUCUUGUUACCUCUAGACCAGACUAUUCCAAUGCACUGCUGGGCUGGCUUCCUUCAUUCAUUUCUAUAAACUUAGGAUAGCAGUGGCAAAGCUUAUCUUGUGACAAAUAUCUUUUCUUCACUAUCCCUGUGCUCACUGAUCUACCCUAGCUCCAGGUUUGUGACAAUUUCAAAAUUUUAACCCUCGUUUUUAAGUUAGUCUAGUGGGUCCCCUUCUCUAUCUCUGUAAUCUUGUAACUCUCAUAUCUAUGCUACUGUAACUCUGGCCUCUCAUACAUAUACUCUGUUCUAGAAUCUCGUUACCCAAUUUUCCUCCAAAGACCAAGCUGUCUUUUCCACCAAUCUUUUUGAUGUGCCUCUGUCAGGUUUUCUUUAUAAUGUCUAAUAAAACAUCCAAUGCUGUUUUAUAAAGACACUACA